GAGGGAGAGAGGGAGGAGCCAGUCCUCUAGCUGUGACAGUUUGUGUGUUAGGGGGGUUGACAGACACAGUGGCUUUGUGUCCUGCUGAACACCGCUGGACAGGACACUGCUGUGCUGGGAGAGGAGAGGCACUGUCAGUUAGUCUGUCAGUCGCUUUGUCAGUCAGUCAGUCAGUCAGACCGUCUGUCUGUCUGUAGGGAAACCAGACCUCUCUGCUACCACACACACUCCGGCGUACAUCUGCUUUCCAGGACUUCUUUGAUAUCUUCUCAGGGCCCAGGACGACCCACCACGGCGUGCACCCCCCCCCCCCCCCCGGGCUGUGUGUGGGUGUGUGUACCUUGAAAAGCUCCUUUACGUCCUUGGAGGUCAGGAGUUUGAAACAUGGGACUGAAAGCAGGUAUCUUUGGAGACGUGCCAGCAUCGGGAUGAGAGGAACGCAGAGGAGAACAGGGGACUAGACUGAACUGGUUGGAACUAUUGGGAUUUUUUUUCUUCAGGGAUGAUCUUGGCCCAUCUGACGAGCUACUCAGCCCUCUUGGCUUCUGCUUUCACUGCUUGUUUUAUCUCCAUGGAUUGGUGCUGACAGUAGGACUUGGCCAGAGAGGGAUGCAUGUGUUACUCUGACCCCUGCGUCGUUUACUGGAAAACAGCGUGUUUGUGCGAUAGUGUCAAGACUUUGCCCCCUCGUGUGUGUGUGGCCCAUGUUGGCAUCAGGUCGGCCCGUGUCGGGUAAUCUCUGCUCCCCAAUGCUCGCGGCUAUGCCCCCCUACCCUGCUCCACCAGCUGAGUCAAAGUGGUGCUUCCAGAAUCCAGUAGGGGUGGACUGUAGUGCCGCCGAGCCUCGCUGCAUCUGGUUGGCAGUGCUGCGUGGUGCCCCCUUGCCCUCACCUUUGCCCCCCACCAUGAGGCCAGUCCCGGUCGGCAAUGGGCACGGCUGCACCAGCAGGGCCCUGCAACGUUCUCACCAGCCCAGGGCAAAGGGGUGGAGAGAUGGGCUCUCCUCGGCCGGCGACAACCCUCGGCCUGCGAUGGGGGCGGGAGGAGAGGGGGUCGGCGUUGGCUGGCAAGGCCCCCGGACGCUACUACUCCAGAAGAACUCACAGGGCUUCGGCUUCACCCUGCGCCACUUCAUCGUCUACCCGCCAGAGUCUGCCCUGCACACCAGCCUCAAGGACGAGGAGAACGGGAAUGGGAAGGGGAGAAGUAGGUUGGAGCCAAUGGACACCAUAUUUGUCAAGAAUGUGAGAGAGCGAGGUCCCGCUCACCAGGGUGGCUUGUGUACAGGGGAUCGGCUGGUGAAGGUGAAUGGAGAGAGUGUCCUGGGGAAAACGUACUCCCAGGUGAUCGCCCUCAUACAGAACAGUGAGAGUGUGUUGGAGCUCUCUAUAAUGCCAAAAGACGAAGACGUUCUGCAGCUGGUAAGUGCAUACUCCCAGGAUGCCUACCUGAGGGGCAACGAGCCUUACACAGGGGGAGCCCGGAACCUUCCGGUACCCCCGCCCCUCUGCUACGCUCCCCGCACCAAGUCCCAGCCUCCCGCCGGGGCCCCGGCCCCCAUGGGCCAGAACCAGCUGGACAACUGGAGCCGCUGGCCAGGCUCCGCCAGCCCCUUGUCCCCCCUGGACAACCGCUCCACCGUGGGCAGCCCGGCCAGCUGGCAGGAGGGACUGGGCGGAGAGCCGGGGGGCGUGGGCCACAGUAGCCCCCCCUACAGGACAGAGGAAAUCCAGUACGGUGUGACCGGGCAGCAGCCUACGGGACAGACAAGGGGCCGCUCCUACUCCUCAUCUUCUUCUUCAGGAGGGCCCCUCAGCAGCCCUCUGCAUGUCCACUAUGUCAACCACAAUGCUGCUGGCACUGCCACCACCGCCUCCUCUCAGCCCCAGAAGGGCAGCCAGGCCUGGGCCAGCCCUCCCCAGCCGAGCCCCAGCCGUAGCCAGCACUGCCAACAGGCCCUGUCUGAGUGGUACUACAGCCAAGCUGCUGAGCAGCGCCAGGGCCGCAGUGGCAACAUGCACCAACGCCACCGCAGCUACUCUCAGGACAGGCUGUGUGAGACAGGCCCUGGGUGCCACCGCCGGAGUCCGGGCGGCUGGCCCCACAGCGCCUCCCAGGAUACCCUGAUGCUACUGCAGCAGUCGGGCCCCGGCCCCCACGGGGACCCUUCUUGGACCUACGGAGACUGGGAGGGGGCCCGGGACCAGAGCCACCCCUCCUCCUACGGCAGCAGAGCCCGGUCGGAGAACCUGCUGGUACAGUACGACCGCUAUGGCCGUUCGAUGGAGAUGCUGGAGUCGCCCCGUUCCGAGAGGCCUGCCUGGCUGAAGCAGGCCUCACAGCAAGCACCCAGGACUGAGGCCUAUCAGAGGCAGGGGAACCAUUACGGUGUCGCACCGGCCCCCUCUAUGGGCCGACAAGCACAGCCGCACCACAAAAACCACCCCCAACCCCACUCACAGUCUCAUCCACAGCCCCAGCCCCAACAACCAGCCCCCCAGAGCAGACGUCUUCCCACCGGACAGAGUCUGGACGACCAGCCAGUAGGUUACCGCAGCUACAGCCCCUCCUUCAACCGCAAAACAGGCCGGAUCAUGCAGCAACCCUCCUUCAGGGACCCCUCCUACCUUGGCCCCCACCUCAGCUGGGCCCCCACCCCCAAAACCAGCCCCCCAGAGGGUGUUGUCCCCUCAGUUCCAUCCCCCCUGGCCUCCACCACCCCCGAGACCCUUGACAGGGCCUACCGCCCCACCAACCAUGAGAGGGGGGCAGUGGAGGGCCAGGUGGAGGUGGUAGCUCAGACCCAGGAGGUCAAACUGAGACAGAAACCCCCCACGGGGCGAAGGAGCGCCCACGCCAUGCGCCACCCCCACUACACCCUGCCUGUAGAUGGCACAGAACCCCCUGUGUUCCCCCCUGACCCCCACGACGCUGCCCCCGCCCCUCGCCCCUCAGGAGAUGGUGCCCCGCACCGUACCAAUGGCAACCUGGCCCCCCUGUCUGUAGAGGAUGACGCAAUGGCCUCCAUUCCCUUUAUAGAUGAGCCGACGAGCCCCAGCGCUGACCUCCGUGCCCGCCACGUACCCGCCUCCUCCGUGGUGUCCAGCGGCAUGAGCUCAGCGCCCGCCAUCGUCACCAGCCCCGCCUCCCCCACCUUCACCUUCCCCCUAACCAGGCUCUUCUCACACGACUGCAGCAGUAUUAAAUCCAGUCGCCGUUCCUCCUAUCUUCUAGCCAUCACCACGGAGCGCUCCAAGUCAUGUGACGAGGGACUCAACACCUUCAGAGGAGAGGAGGGACGCGGCGUCUCGAGGCUGCCAAAGAGAGUGAAGAGUUUCUUCACUGUUGGGUCUCUGGACAGUCUGGGGGCAGCGGAGGAAGUGCGCUCCAAACGCCACUCCACCUCAGAGCUGGGCAGUAUCAGCUACAGUGACAUAUGGAGAGAGGGAUGGCUGCACUACAAACAGAUCCUCACGGAGAAGGGCAAGAAGGUGGGCAGCGGCAUGCGUCCGUGGAGGCGGGUCUUCUCGGUGUUGCGCUCCCACUCGCUCUUCCUCUACAAGGACAAGCGGGAGGCGGUCCUGCGGGGCGCCACUCUGGGAGGCGAUGCCGACGAGGAGCAGCCAAUCAGCAUCCGGGGCUGCCUGGUGGACAUAGCGUACAGCGAGACCAAGCGUAAGCACGCGCUGCGCCUGACCACUCAGGACUUUUGUGAGUACCUGCUGCAGGCCGAAGACAGAGAGGACAUGCUGGACUGGAUCAAGGUCAUCAGUGAGAACAGCAAGACCGACAAUGAGGAGCUGGGAUUCUCAAGACAGGCUCUGAUCAGUAAGAAGCUCAAUGACUACAGGAAACAGAGUCCAACAGGCAACAAGCCGGACUCCUCGCCCAGGGUGUCCCGUGCCAAGCCUUCCUUCCUGCUGGCCAAGAUGGAGAACGCUGCCGGGGCGCCGCGCUCACCCAAACCUGAGGGCAAAGAUGAGAGCAGCCCCCCUAAGUCGCCAUGGGGGAUCAACAUCAUGAAGAAGUCCAAGAAGUCAGGGCCCAAGGCUUUUGGAGUGCGGCUAGAAGACUGCCAGCCGGCCGCCAACAACAAGUUCAUCCCUAUGAUCGUGGAGAUCUGCUGCGGGCUGGUGGAGGAGAUGGGUCUGGAGUACACCGGCAUCUACAGGGUCCCAGGGAACAACGCAGUGGUGUCCAGCCUUCAGGACCAGCUCAACAAGGGGUCGGACAUCAACCCUGCAGAGGAGAAAUGGCAGGACCUGAACGUGAUCAGCAGCUUGCUCAAGUCUUUCUUCAGGAAACUUCCGGAGCCCCUCUUCACUGAUGAUAAGUACAAUGACUUCAUCGACGCUAACCGGAUGGAGAAUGCCGGGGACCGGCUAAAGACCAUGAAAAAACUGAUCCGUGACUUACCGGACCAUUACUACCACACUCUCAAGUUCCUGGUUGGCCAUCUGAAGACGGUAGCUGACCACUGUGAGAAAAACAAGAUGGAACCUCGUAACUUGGCCCUGGUGUUCGGGCCCACGCUGGUGCGGACGUCUGAAGACAACAUGACAGACAUGGUGACUCACAUGCCGGACCGCUACAAGAUAGUAGAGACGCUCAUCCAACAUUAUCUCUGGUUUUUCAGUGAGGACCUGGACAAGGAUGAGAAGACUCCAGUAGACACGAAGGACCUGGUGCCUGCCCCCAAUAUCGACCACUUGCUCUCCAACAUUGGCAGGACCGCUCUGCUCGGGGAGGCGUCAGACUCAACCAACAGUGACUCAGCUAAAUCUAAGGGGUCGUGGGGGUCAAAGCGAGACCUCACUGCCAAGGACUUUCUGACCCUGUCCAUCAUGUCCGCCGUCACCGGACGCAAGCGCAGGAAUCGCCACAACGGCCGCAUCGUGGGCAGCAGCACAGAUGACGACUCGGAGCACGAGCCAAUCAAAGCCAGCCACCUGGGGGCGGAGGAGGGAGAAGAGGCGGGGCUGGUGGUGGAAGGGGCAGACAUCGCCCCACGAGCAGAGGGAGAGGAGGAGGAAGAUGAUGAGGAGGAGGAAGAAGAAGAAGAGUCUGUAGUAGAGCGAGUGAGAGUGCAGGUGGAGGUAAAAGAGGUGGUAGUUCCCAGCAUGCCGUGCGGUGGUGAGAAAGAGAAAGCAGGGCAGACGGUGAUGCUGCUCCCUGAGGAAGAGGCGGUGACGGCGGAGGUGAAGGGCAGGGCGUGGCGGGGGCCAGAGGACGCUCGCUCUAUCGUCUCCGGUUACUCCACCCUCUCCACACUGGGGCGGAGCCUGGCGUCUGAGGGACGGUGCGAUGAAGCUGACGACGAGCGCAGCGAGCUGGUGAGCGAGACGGACAACGAGAGCGGAUUCGCCUCGCGCUCCCUUACCCAGGAGAGACCUGAGAAACACCCCCCUGCAUCCAUUACACCCACCCUCACACCCCCUACCCCCACACAGCCCCCCACACAACCCCCCACGGCAGCACAACGAAGCUUCCUCUACACACACUACAAACCCCACCCUAUCUCCGCCACACCCCAGCACACCACCCCCACCCCCUCCACACACACUCAGGACCCUGGGGAGAGGAGCGAGGGUGGGGCGCGAUCCACCACCCCCUCCUCCUCCUCCUUCUCGUCGUCCUCCACCACCCACAGACUGCACUCCCGGCCCUCCUUCAACUCCCACAAGCUGAUCCAGUGUGACACGCUGGCCAGGAAGAAGCUAAAGGACAGAGGGAAGACCAAGGCUCGUUCUCUGGACCUGCUGGACCUCCCUGGGCCUUCAGGAGAGGAGGAGGGAGCUGGGGCCCAGAGGGACCGAUCCAGGACCAACCCUUCCACAGGGAGCAGCCAGGAGAGCCUACGUCCAGCCCGACCCAAAGAAUCCCUGCCGCCCAGCGAGGCUGCCUCUUUCACCCCCAGCGGGACAGGGCAGGGUCAGGGGCGAGGGUCUCUGGCUGACCAGGUGCGUGCGCGCCUGCUGGGCUCGGCUGAUGACCUGCGUAUCGUGGGGCUGAGGAAGCCACUCUCCCCGGAGACGAGGAGGAAGAGACGGGCCUGGAGAAGACACACUGUGGUGGUCUCACCUACCGAGACGGGCGACAAGAGGCCUGCGCUAGCCACCAACGUGUUCCCCAUGUCGCCGGCCACUUCCAAACCACAGGGGUCACCCCUCGACCCCCAGGAGCUUGACCCAAGACAUCCUCUUCCCCUGGGCCAGAAUCCCCCCGCCACACGCGCACCAGCCUCCAGGUUCCAUCAGUACCUGUAACUAUGGACAGAGACUGAUAGGCCUGUAAAUUACAAGGCCUCUGGCCUCCCUCUCAAAGUCUCCCUCCCCUGAGCUGCUGAGCCACGGCUACUGUCUCAGAGGGUCAGAUAGUGCUGACCCCAGGUCAGUUGCAUGAUGGCAGUGAGUAGUGGACAGCAGAGCCACAGACAGACACAAGGGGUCUUAUGACAGGUCUGAGAACAGUUUUCGGCCUCUAGUCUACUCACGCUCCCUUUUCAUUUGUUUCAGAUCCGUUUGCAUGGCAAAGGGAAUUCCAGUAUUUGCCAAAGCUUUUUUCGUUUGUGUGUUUUAAAUAAAAAAUAAAAUAUGCUAAACUGCAAUGGGACGACAGACAGACAGACAGACAGACAGACAGACAGACAGGCAGGCAGGCAGGCAGGCAGGCAGGCAGGCAGGCAGGCAGGCAGGCAGGCAGGCAGGCAGGCAGGCAGACAGACAGACAGACAGACAGACAGACAGACAGACAGACAGACAGACAGACCGGACAGGACAGGACAGACCUCAUCUCGAUGUCAAAGCCAAGAACUCGCCCUCAUGCAGGCAGCAGACAGACAGACAGUGUGUUACUGAAUACUAGGAUCCUUCCUGUCCUCUCUGUUGCUUCCUGUCUGACACAGGAAGUGGGCUGUCCUCUCCCAGUGCACAGGGAAGAGCAUGCCAAACGAAGCCUACCCAGGGUUCCUCACAGAGUGACACUUUCAACAGGGCUGUGGGCUCUCUCUCUGUCUUUCUCACAAACACACACACAGACACACUAGCUGAGGCGGAAUGUGAGUUUUGAGGGAGAACGCUGUCUGACCUUUGGCCCCAGCACUGACUUCUAUAUCAGUCUUCCUUAAUAUUCUGUUACUGUGACAACCACAGAACAACUGACUCUAACACUUCUCUAGUUGCCAACACACAUAAAUAACAUAACUCUCACACACACACAUGCUCACACAGCAGUAGUGGUCUGUAACCCAGAUGUUUGUAUGUCUGUACAUAUGUGUGUUUGCCUGACAAUACCCGUGAGUAUGUUUGAGUGUGCAGGUGUUUGUGUGUUGAACUAUUUUGUAACAUUUGUACAAAGCCUUGUUAAGUUAACCUUGUAAAUAUAUAAUUAUUACAUUAUCAUUAUUUGUUUUUGUUUCUUUUUAAUGGUUUACAUAAGUGCACACAGGUGCACUAUCAUUUCCUUCAAGAUGUUACUUGAAAUGUUCCUCUUAAUAUAUUAUUUUUUGUUUUAUAUACAGUAUAUAUUAUAUAUUUUUUUUGUAUGAAAAGAAUAAGUACUUUUAUUGUGAUUUGACUUCUGGGGUGUACCUGUUUUUAAAACAAACAAAAUAAGAAACAUCCUAAACCUGACUUAAAGCCUGUUCCUCGUUUCCUCAUAGAUGGCCUUUCUCUGUGACUCACAGUACUAUGCAGAAAUACGUUCUCUCAUUUAGCAAAGAUAGAAUAACUCAUCCAACAUUAAAAUUCUCCAGUCAAAAUCCUUAGUUCUGGCCGUUGAAAUGCCUGUCCAUUUCGUGGCUGGAUAGCAUCCAUUUCCGCAUUUGAAGAAAGCAAUGUACUCUCCCCUUGCUGACACUACUAUCUACCUUGUGUUGACAAUACUUUACUUUACAAUACAAUCUUAUUUUGCAGCAAGCAGGGCUUUAUCUACCAUAACCUAAUUUAAGUCUGAAUAAUGUUUGUAAGCAUCUCAGCUCUUAUCAAAGAACGGUCACAUACUGUACUCGCAUCAACUCUAUCAUAACUGUCUUUUCAAUUGGAUUAAGUAUUAGUUGGUAAUAAUUUGCUUUACCAAACCCGCCUAUGUGUACCAGAGUAAACAUUUGCUUUCAUUUUAUGGGUGACAGAGAAAGCUCAGAAUAUUGACAACAUGCCGUUAAACGUCAAGGGUUAUAAAUGCAACCUCCAUGUACACACAAAGUUACAUUUUGUAUAGUCUGUCAAUUAUAUUUUAUUUCUUAUAUUAUCAGGAAUAUUUUUAGUAUUAUACCGCCUGCGCAUGAUUUUUCAUGUCACAUAUUACAUUUCCGUACGGUUAGACUCACUCAAGUGAAUGACCACUGCGAGUGGGGUGCUUCAGAAUUCCUGGAUACAAAUGACUGAUUGCAGAAAUGUGGUUACCAUGAGUAGCCAUUUUGGGGUCUGCUGUGUUUCUAGACUUGUAUACCAUUCUCUUGGCCAUGGUCCAAGAUGAGUUUCCAUUUCCCAAAUAGUCUUUAUUAACUGUUCCUCAACCAAUGUCAUAUGGGACUUAUUCUUUGGUUUGCCUGACAGGAUUUUGCCUGACAGGAUUUUUUGUCAUCAUUAAAUGUAAUUGACUUUUUGUUAGUCUUGUCUUACCUCAAGAGUUGCCCCAAGAGUUGCCUUACAAGUGCCUGAUUUCUGGAGUGUUUUUGUUCUGCAGUGAGUGCCAUGGUCAGUCCUCACCUCCCCAUUAACCCUCAUUAUUCCAGACUCUCAAAGCCAAAAGCUUCAACCUUCACAUCUAGUCAUAAGCCAGACUGAAUCCAUUAUUUUCUCGUUGCUGUGCUUACAUCUUAGCCGCUGACCCAAAGACAUGUAUCAUACAUACGAGCAGCCUCUCUGGGAGGCCAUUAAGAGCAACACUGUGUCUGGCCAAGGACUUGUCUAUGCAGUCUGUUUGCAUCUAACAAGCACUAACAAACAGCAGAAUACCUGAUGCUGCAAGGAGAGGGAAAGUAUAUUGCUCUAACCUGUUUUUCUCUUACACAGAGGUUCUUUCACGUGGACAGUGUUUUGUAUGGUACACAUAACAAGCUCUAAGUAAGGGUAAUCAAUACCUAGAACAUGGGAAUAUAGUACCAACUCAUUUGCAUUAGAUUUUGUUUGAUGAACUAACUGUAUAAAUUUAAACUGUCAGUCAAUAGGAGACAUACAGCUGAGCUCAACAGAGCUGAACCAAACUGCUCAUGCCUUCAUCGAAAAGAUAAAUAGAAACAUUGUAGAACAUUCUGACAACACUCAAUGUGUGUUUAGCUGUCCGUUGCUUGAAAUGUGAUAUACCUUAUGUUUGUUAUUAUGUCUGAUAAUAUUUUGUACAUAUUGUCUUGAUAUGUAACAUAUUGUAUUGUGUAAAGUACAUUUUGAAUUGCUUUGAGUAAACAAUCUAAGAAAAUGGACUGACUAAAGGUUAUCCACCUGGAACCAUUUCAUUCGAUGGCUUUUUGCUUCAAAGCAAGGUUAUAUGAUGUAAAUAAACAGAAUUACGUUUUAAAAAAGAUUA